AUGGGCGACGGAUCACCACAUAAUACGAGGUCGUGGCUGAAGGAGCCGUACUUGGGCAUCUUCGACUCGUGGGAGGGCACCGACUGCUGCUCCAAUUGGUAUGGCAUCAGCUGCGACCCGACCACUCGACGAGUCACAGACGUUUCCCUCCGAGGCGAGUCGGAGGACCCCAUUCUCCAAAAAACGGGACGCUCAGGUUCGGGCUUCAUGUCAGGUUCCAUAAACCCUUCCAUUUGCAAGCUCGACCACCUCACCACGUUAAUUAUUGCUGACUGGAAAGGCAUCAGUUGGGAGAUCCCUCAGUGCCUGGCUUCGCUACCCAACUUAAGAGUCUUAGAUCUUAUUGGCAAUUCCCUGUCCGGAAAAAUCCCACAACGGAUAGGUAAUCUCCAGAAGCUCACUGUCUUAAACCUCGCAGACAAUAAGCUAAGUGGAGAGAUCCCAAGCUCCUUGGUUCAACUGUCCAGUUUAAAGCAUCUGGAUUUGAGCAACAACCUUCUGACAGGGGAGAUUCCUGCCAACUUCGGCAACCUCAAGAUGCUUAGUCGCGCAUUGCUGAGUCGAAACCAGUUAACCGGGAACAUCCCCAGUUCCAUGGGCAACAUGUACAGGUUGGCUGAUCUGGAUUUGUCAUUAAACAAGUUAUCGGGUAGGAUACCGGAGCAGCUGGGGAAAAUGCGGGUGCUUUCUACGCUGAACUUGGAUAGUAACAGGAUUACGGGCGAAAUCCCGUCCGUUCUGUUGGGGAAUACGGGCCUGGGGAUUCUGAACUUGAGCAGAAACGCACUUCAAGGCAACAUACCGGACGUUUUCGGGCCCAAAUCGUACUACAUGGCGCUUGACUUAUCCUUCAAUAAUUUGAAGGGUCCAGUGCCCAAGUCCAUAUCGUCGGCGAAAUACAUCGGGCAUUUGGAUAUGAGCCAUAACCAUCUUUGUGGGCAUAUUCCGUUGGGAUCACCGUUCGAUCAUCUUGAGGCAUCCUCUUUCGACAGCAAUGAUUGUCUCUGCGGUAACCCGCUCAAGACUUGUUAAUCCAUGUUACCUUGGGGUUGGUAAUUUCUUUUCUUUUCUUUUAUUUAUUUUUCGGUUUUAUCAAUGGAAAUGUGAUGAUGUAAAAGUGGAUCUAAGUGUGGUUAAUCUCAUGUAACCAAUUUUAAGGUCUAAUAUCCUAUACUAUAGUAUCCUAUCCCAUGUAUAUCAUCUGUAAGGGUGUUUUAAUUAGUUGAAUGGAAGGGACAAAGAUUAUUGCAGCAGUCCCGUGGUGGAUGCACCUGAAGAACAGCCAAAAGGUUUAAGCUUGAGAUAGUGGCGUAUCUUAUCUUGUACUGGUAUACUUUAUUUGAAUGCAACGCCAUUGAGCUACUACUAGUUAAAAAGUUGAA